GUUUACAGGGUCAAUUGGCUCCAGAUGAGAGUGCUGUGGGACAGAUGGAAGGAGGAGGUUCAUCUGUUGAAAUGUGAGCAGGAGUGGACUAAAAACUUCUUUGAAAACAAGGUAAGAUUUUGGACUGGCAGAAAGGCUGCCACAUUGGCAAAGGGACAGGCUGGGCUGGCAUGCUAUGCCACACAGCAAUGCCAGAUGUAUGGCAGAUUAGCA